AAACCACUGACCUAUAAUAGACUAUAAUCGAAAUAAUUUUUAUAGACUCUUGCGCUCUUUAAAACCAGAAUUACAUUUUAAAAAGAGUUAAGGUUUAUUUGAACACAGUGAUAUUUUAAGAUCAUAUCAUUUUGACAACAGCGUAUUUGACCUUUCGUGUUAUUUGCCAUAUAAGGAAGAAAAAGCGAAUAAAGGCGUCAGAGGCGUGGCGUGCGGACUUCCGUCUUCCUCCACAGACCUCAUAUAAAAUGACGGCAACAUUGCGACCCUACUUGAAUGCGGUGCGCGCCACUCUUCAAGCAGCCCUGUGUCUGGAGAACUUCUCCUCUCAGGUGGUGGAGAGACACAACAAGCCUGAGGUGGAAGUUAGGAGCAGCAAAGAGCUUCUGUUGCAGCCUGUGGUCAUAAGCCGCAAUGAGAAGGAGAAGGUUCUGAUUGAGGGGUCCAUAAACUCUGUGAGGGUCAGCAUCGCUGUCAAACAGGCUGAUGAGAUUGAGAAGAUCCUGUGCCAUAAAUUUAUGAGGUUCAUGAUGAUGCGAGCGGAGAACUUUUUCAUCCUUCGGAGGAAACCUGUUGAGGGCUAUGACAUCAGCUUCCUCAUUACCAACUUCCACACAGAACAGAUGUACAAACACAAGCUGGUGGACUUUGUUAUCCAUUUCAUGGAGGAGAUCGACAAGGAGAUCAGCGAGAUGAAGCUGUCAGUCAACGCUCGGGCCCGAAUUGUGGCAGAGGAAUUCCUUAAGAAUUUCUGAGGAUUCCUUGUCUGCAUUCCGAAUACCCAUCAGAGAUUGGUGUUGCGUUGGUUCUUGUGGACAAAAACAUUCAACGUUUUUCAAAUCUCCACAGAGCAAAGGGGAAAGAGUUUAUUAGUUAGCAACCAAGCAAGAAGAUCUACAGGAACAACUGGCCAGUCUUGCAGUACUAUAUAUGCAGUCCCCUUUGCCUUCUGUUCAAGGUGCUCCUUGUGCCCAUGGAUAUUAAAAAUAUUACAUUUAGUCAAGAAUUUAUUACACUCGUUUUCUGUUGUUAGGGGAAAAAAAAUGAAAAGAAAACAGUCAAGGCAGGUCCUUAAAAGUAUUACCUGUAAUUAAUAUUGAUGGGCACAGGAAUCUUGUUGUUGGACUGUAGUUUUUUUGUUGUCUUUUAUAUACAUGUACUCACAUGCUUUCAUUUUUGUUACAAUGGGGAAAAAAAUCAGGAAUUAAUUCAAUGUUAAAGAGAGAGAAAAAAAAAAAUAAGAAAAUGGGUGUUUAUAUUUUGGCACAGCUAAACUCCAAUAUUAUAACUAUACAACAAAAAAAAACCUGUGUAAAACAUCAUGACAAUAAAUUCAAUAAAAAUAUAUUGUGCUU